AUGGGGAAGCUGGCGAGGCUCGUGGACGGCAUCAAGAGGAGGCUGACCAGGAAGAAGCAGGGGGAGGACCAGGAGGCGGCGGCGGCGGCGUGCUACGACAAGGUGGGCAAGACGGAGAGCACGCGGGUGGAGAUCAGGAGCCGCCGCGCGCAGGAGCUCAUCGCCAAGAACCUCGCCGCCGCCGACUCCAUCGGUCACGGCGGCGCCAAGAAGGCCAAGAAGCGCUUCUUCGCCUUCUGA